AUGGACGAUAUUUAGGAUAAUUUUGCUAAUGAUUUAAAGAGCGUCAACUUUUAAGUUGCUCUUGAUGUUUUUAAGAAAGAAGAAAUCAUUUUAUAAGGAAAAAAAGAAAAUUUUGAUUUGUAUUUAAUUGAGAGAUUAUUUCCUGUGUUGUUAGAAGGUUUAGAGAGAUUAAGUAGAGAAGUAGAAGCUCAUAAGGAAAAGCCUGAAGAAGUCAGAGAGCGUUUCAAUCCCUGUAUCUUUUUAGGGUAAUAUCUGAUGAGAAACAACCCUAAACACAAUGAAAAUAAAAAAGAUUAAUUACAAUAUAAAUAAAUAUAUGAAUAUGUUAGGUAUGAGAGAUUUAAGAGACAUUUUGAAACUAAAAAGUAGUAAUUCCUCAAACUUUUUAUGAAUAGCAUUAAAAAGGAGUAAGCUCACUGCGAUUAAAAUUAAAUGAAAUCCUUCUAUAAAGAUAUCGAUGAUAAAUUAAAGCUUAAUGGUAGUCUUAACGAGUUUGUCAAUUCAAAUAAAACUCUAAGAUAACUAAAAUAAAAUGUUUCGUUUGACAAUGUACUAAACGAAUUAACAAAAUAUUGUUCCCACCACCAAAAUCUUACGUUAGAAAGUUUCAAUAUCUUAUUUUGA